GUUUACCAAAGAUUGGAGGGGGACUUGGUGCUCAGAGGAGGGAAGGACUAGCUUCUUUGAGGCAUUAACUAGAUGUCAGGUACCAGGGGAAACCACUCAACUGUCUGUCAGUGUUCACCAGCAGUCUGGGUGGGAAGAUGACACCAGCAGGCUUAGAGUAACUGGCGCAAGGUCACGUAGCCAGGAAGCCGAGGAGCUGGGAUUCAAACCCAGGUCUUGGACUCCCACAGCUUGCACUCUCUGUCCGCCUCUUUUUUUUUAACCUGCCAAAGCUGGACCUUAGCUGCUGGGCUCCUGAGAAUCCGGGGAGGCUGGAGGCUGUCUCUACUGAGUCAGAAGGACUGAUCUGGCGGUUCCCAAGGAUGGCAGGACUGUGCUCUCUGAUCAUCCCCAUGGGACUUGGAUAAGCAGCAGCUGGUCUGCAGGGAAUGUUUCAGGGCAGACAGUGGGUAGCACUUGGCUGGCUGCUGGGAGUGAAGUCCCAGCCCCACCGCUGCAGCUGAGGAAUGCUGGGCAAGUUGCUGUGCUUUUCUGAACUUCAUCCGUUUCUUCUUCUGAAAAGUGGGGUCUCAUAGGUCCGUUGCAAGAGUAACUGCUCUGCACAUCCGAAAGCUUAGGAAGUGCCCAUUCUCAGGAAGCACAGGCUCCUCUUCCAUCUGCCUGCAGAUCCCCAGCUCCAAGAGGCUCAUCUGCCAGCAAAAUUCUAGUUUGAUAUCCCAGGACCCCACCCUAUAAAGGACUGUGGUCUCUAGAAGGGAGUGGGUUUUCUCAUCCUGGCCAACAGUGCUUUCCCUAGAAAGAUGAGCACUAAAGCCCAUUGCUCCCCUCUCCCACUGUCCUUCUUCCUGCUCCAUCCUCUCUUCCUUGGAGUAGGGGAAGAGGAAAGAGCACAGGCUGAGCAUGAAACUUGCUCCUCCACGUGUGUGCUGUCUGGGUGGCUCUGGGCCAGUUAUUUAACCACUUGAGGCUCAGUUUUCUCAUCUGUAAAAUGGGAUGGAGUACUAGCACCAUUCUUCUAGAGCCAGAAAGACAGCACCUAUUGAAGGACCUACCAUAGUACCUGGAGUGUCACUGGUGCCCAGGACAACCCGGGUCCCUGUCCCUGGCUACUUGCCCCCUGCCUCCUGCAUGGAGCCUCAUGCAAUUUCUUCAGCCCUCACUGAUCCUGACCAGCCUCACAUCAGGUGGUCUUUCAGGCUUUCAGUGAGGAUGUGAGCAUGCACGUCUUAUUUUUGGAUGAGUGCGUGAGGGAGUAAGUGAAUGAACAGGGCAGAGAGAGCUGCUGUGGCUGCUCCUGAGAGGGGAGAGAUCUUUUGGCCCCAUUGGGCCUGCAGAGCCCCAUGUGGGAGUUCCUCCUACCCAGCUCUCCUGGCUCUUAUCUUAUUUCCUCUCCAACUAUCAGAGGAGGGGCUGGUUCCACUGUUCACGGUCAACACAUCUAACCAGCCACCACUGAGUGCGGAGAGCGGCACGGAGGAUCUGUAGAGAGGCAAGAACCCCACGAUGUCCGCCAACGCCACGCUGAAGCCGCUCUGCCCCAUCCUAGAGGAGAUGAGCCGUCUCCGGAGCCACAGCAACACCAGCAUCCGCUACAUCGACCACGCGGCCGUGCUGCUGCACGGGCUGGCCUCGCUGCUGGGCCUGGUGGAGAAUGGUGUCAUCCUCUUCGUGGUGGGCUGCCGCAUGCGCCAGACCGUGGUCACCACCUGGGUGCUGCACCUGGCACUGUCUGACCUGUUGGCCUCUGCUUCCCUGCCCUUCUUCACCUACUUCUUGGCCGUGGGCCACUCGUGGGAGCUGGGCACCACCUUCUGCAAACUGCAUUCCUCCAUCUUCUUUCUCAACAUGUUCGCCAGCGGCUUCCUGCUCAGCGCCAUCAGCCUGGACCGCUGCCUGCAGGUGGUGCGGCCGGUGUGGGCGCAGAACCACCGCACCGUGGCCGCAGCGCACAAAGUCUGCCUGGUGCUCUGGGCGCUAGCGGUGCUCAACACGGUGCCCUAUUUUGUGUUCCGGGACACCAUCUCACGGCUGGACGGGCGCAUCAUGUGCUACUACAACGUGCUGCUCCUGAACCCGGGGCCUGACCGCGACGCCACGUGCAACUCGCGCCAGGCGGCCCUGGCAGUCAGCAAGUUCCUGCUGGCCUUCCUGGUGCCGCUGGCGAUCAUCGCCUCGAGCCACGCGGCCGUGAGCCUGCGGCUGCAGCACCGCGGACGCCGGCGGCCCGGCCGCUUUGUGCGCCUGGUGGCAGCCAUCGUGACGGCCUUCGCUCUCUGCUGGGGGCCCUACCACGUGUUCAGCCUGCUGGAGGCGCGGGCGCACGCCAACCCCGGGCUGCGGCCGCUUGUGUGGCGCGGGCUGCCCUUCGUCACCAGCCUGGCCUUCUUCAACAGCGUGGCCAACCCGGUGCUCUACGUGCUCACCUGCCCCGACAUGCUGCGCAAGCUGCGGCGCUCGCUGCGCACGGUGCUGGAGAGCGUGCUGGUGGACGACAGCGAGCUGGGUGGCGCGGGAAGCAGCCGCCGCCGCCGCCGCAGCCCCUCCACCGCCCGCUCGGCCUCCUCCUUAGCUCUCAACAGCCGCCCCGAGGAACCGCGGGGCCCUGCGCGCCUCCUCGGCUGGCUGCUGGGCGGCUGCGCAGCGUCCCCGCAGAGGGGCCCCCUGAACCGGGCGCUGAGCAGCACCUCGAGUUAGAACCCGGCCCGGGUAGGGCAGCGCUCACACGCGAAAGCAUCACCAGGGCACCGCGGUUCAACUUGAUAUCCGGACUCCAGCCGCAGUGAUCAAAGUCGGAGGGGGCGGGACCCAGGCAUCUGCAUUUUAAAGUGCCCCGGGAGACUCUUAAUCUUUUUCAGAAACAGUGAGUUAUAGCAGUGCUUCUCAAACUUUGAUGUGCCUGUGAAAAACCUAGGGGUCUUGUUAAGUGCAGGCUGAUUCAGGAGGCCGGGGCGGGUGCUGAGAGUCUGCAUUUAACAAGCUCCCAGGCCGCGACGCCAGUGCGGCAGGUUCACAGAGGAGGCCUGGAGUAACACAAUGUGAAACUCAUAAUAGAGUUCCCACACUAGGGCAGUGGAGUCGGAAGGGCACGCGGGCGUCUCCCUGGAGCUCAGUUUUACCAGAUGAUGGGAGAGGGAGUUUUAUGUUAAACCAGCUAUGUAUUUUUUGGAGAAGAGAGAGGAAAGGUUUGAGAAGCACUGUUCCAGUCGGCCCUCUUCAUUCAGCCAAUGCUUACUGCCCUAGACGCUUUAUCCCACAAUCUUAAGGAGCAGCUUCUAUUAGCCAGUCUUUAAGGCUGAGCACAUUCUGGCUCAGGGAGGUUAAGUGACUUACCCAGUUUCAGGACUAAGGACCACAGGGGUCUGCACUGUAACCCUAGGCAUCACAUGCUCAAUGACUCUGGUGAGCGAGGACAUUCUCUGACUUACUGGAGGGACUUAAGAUGCUACCCUGUGACCCAGCACUGCCCAAAGUGCUUCCAAGGCAGAAGAAGCAGGGGAUGGCAUGGUCAAGCACUGGGGAAACCUGGGGCUAAUCAAAUCCAAUGGGGGAAAUGACUAAAAGUCUUCGGUCUUUAGAAUUUGAACGGGCACAGCAACUCCGAGACUACAGCACAUGUCAUUUCUUAGCUGAGCUGACCAGCCUUCCUGCAGGCGUGGUAUUCUGUGGGAUACCACUGGGUAUCCUCUGGGCACUGGUAAUCCCAAGAUCUGUGCAGCCCCCGCCUCCAGGCUGCAUGGGGCUGGGCAGCUACCAUUUCCCAUUUGUGGGUAGGAGGGGUAACUUGCAUUUCUGACCUACCACUUCCACUGCACCGCGUCUCAUUCCUCCAUCUGCCAUGGACUUGGGGUCAGAGACUGCUGGGUUUGAGUUCUGCAGCCCAGGGACUGAAAAACUGGUGCCAGUGAAUUCUGCUUGGUGGACGAAACGUCAGUGGAAGAAGCAGAUGAGGAACUCUUGAGAUCUUGGUCCUGUGUUUUUUCUGCCACCAAAGCCAGGGUCACUGAAGGCCUGGCCCACAGCAGGUGUUGAGCAAAGGGAACAGUGAGGUGCCCAGCUAGCUGCACAGCCACCCUGUGUUGACACCUCACCCCUGCUCCCUCCCAUCCCUUCCCCAUUUACUCAUAGCACUUCCCCCAUCGGACACGUGGUGCAUUUUGUUUAUUAUGUUUCCUCUCCAUUAGAAUGAAAGCUCCUUGAGGGCAGGGACUUUGGUCUAUUGUCUGUAUUUGCUGGUGCCUAGGAUUGUGCCUGUAUGCAACAGGCACUCAAUAAACAUUUUUACUGUAGACUGGA